AUGCAGGGUCAAGAUCGUGCUCAUGACAGAGCUCUGGAUCGUGAUCGAGAUCGAGAUGGAGAUCAUUCUCAUAACAGAGCCCUAGAUUGUGGACGAGAUCGAGAUCGUUUCCGUGAUAGAACUCCAAAUAUGAAUCGGAGAAGAGAAAAACAACCAGUGAUCGAAGACGAAGUAAUGGAUGUUGAUGGGGAAAACCCACAAGUUCGAGGAAAUAGAGAUCGUGUAUUCGGCAGUCCGUUAGGGAAGAAUAACGAUCGACUGGACCCGCGAGACGGACGAACUGCAACUCCUAGUAUAGAGGAAGAAUUAUUGCGCAAUCGGCUGAACGAGGUGGAGAAAGAGAACACUCUCUUGAGACUAGAGCGUGAGAACCAGUCUCGACCUAGGACUGGUAAUCUGAACAACCAUAACGGUAGGUCUGUAUGGCAGCGCCUUGGAAGUCGAGUUAACCCGCACGCUGCUGACCGAAACAUAGAAGUGAUCGAUCUUGAUCGGUCGGAGAAAAAUCUGUUGGUCACUGGAGAUCUACUUAAACGAAGGCGUGUACGACCCCGGCAAGCAAGGACCCGGCCAGCUGCGGCUCAGCAGAGUGCGGCCAGAACUACCACCCAUUCAAAACAUCUCAGGAAUGAUAAAGAUGAGGUUCGAGAUCGUCACGAUGAGAGAGAAUCUUCGCCCGAUUACUAUGGUCGUUCGGAUCAAGGCAGAGCUGGAAGAGAACCCACUGGACCCCAAAGGAAAAGAAUGAGAUCUAAAUCUCAUAUUCCAGAGGACCAAGAUUAUGAGCAGGAAGACAGUUCCUCAGAUGGCGAUGUGGACGCAAUAACAGAAGCUCGCCUUUGCAAGAUGACCGAUAAAGUAAUGUCGAAAAAGCUUUCCAGAGAGGAAAAGAUGGACAGGUUUCAUCGAGCCGCUGGGGAUCCCUUCAAACUUAAUAUAUGA